CAAGUUGGCUAGAUUUUUCAAUAACAGAACAAUCUAGAAAGAACAGGUUGCAUCUCUUAUUACCAGCCUAAAAUUUGGCCAAACUCAGAAGCAGCUGCACAUAUUGCUUACUAAGGGAGAUGUUUGGGGGUAAGACUAGUGCAUUGCUGAGUUUCAUGAAAAAUAGGAAUUAAUAACAUUAACAAGUUGAGAUUUUGGUGUCAAAUAUUUGACACACUUCAUACGGUUUCGAUGUUUCUAAUUUUCAGGUCAUCACUUACUCUUUUCCUGUCUUGGGUUAUCAAACAUAAAAUGGGGCAACCAAAUGUAUCCUAACGCAAUCUCUUAAUGCUAGAGAACAUCUGAUGAUUUUGCAAGCAGUAAUAUAACUCUAGUUAAAUGCUGUUUGGAGUAAUUAUAACUUCUUUAUUUUUCAUAGCUGCAUUAUGAAAAAAAAGUGAAGAAAUGGAACCUGCAAAUUAUACCAGGGUGACAGAAUUUGUUCUCACUGGCCUAUCCCAGACACGGGAGGUGCAACUAGUUCUAUUUGUUAUAUUUCUAUUCUUCUAUUUAUUCAUUCUUCCAGGAAAUAUUCUUAUUAUUUGCACUAUCAGGCUUGACUCCCAUCUGACUUCACCCAUGUAUUUCCUGUUGGCUAAUCUGGCCUUCCUUGACAUUUGGUAUUCCUCCAUCACAGCCCCUAAAAUGCUUGUGGACUUCUUUGUGGAAAGGAAGAUAAUUUCCUUUGACGGGUGCAUUGCACAACUCUUCUUCUUGCACUUUGUUGGGGCCUCGGAGAUGUUCCUGCUCACAGUAAUGGCCUUUGACCGCUACGCUGCUAUCUGCCGCCCCCUCCACUAUGCUACCAUCAUGAAUCGACGCCUCUGCUGUAUUCUGGUGGCUCUCUCCUGGAUCGGGGGCUUCAUUCAUUCUAUAAUACAGGUGGCUCUCAUUGUUCGACUUCCCUUCUGUGGGCCCAAUGAGUUAGACAGUUACUUCUGUGAUAUCACACAGGUUGUCCGGAUUGCCUGUGCCAAUACCUUUCUGGAGGAGUUAGUGAUGAUCUUUAGCAGUGGUCUGAUCUCUGUGGUGUGUUUCAUUGCUCUCCUAAUGUCCUAUGCCUUCCUCCUGGCCAUGCUCAAGAAACACUCAGGCUCAAGUGAGAGCACCAGCCGGGCCAUGUCCACCUGCUAUUCCCACAUCGCCAUUGUGGUUCUAAUGUUUGGGCCAUCCAUCUACAUUUAUGCUCGGCCAUUUGACUCUUUUUCCCUUGAUAAAGUCGUGUCUGUGUUCCAUACUGUGAUAUUCCCUUUACUUAAUCCCAUCAUCUACACAUUGCGAAACAAGGAAGUAAAGACAGCCAUGAGGAAGUUGGUCAACAGAUAUAUUUUAUGUAAAGAGAAGUGAAAGAUAUGUGGCAUAUUCUAUGGUCCUUAUGAUGGUCAUUGUCCUAAAGUAGGAAGUAUUUGCAGCAGUAAUAAUGCUGCUCUCACUACCUCCUUUCAUCUAGUUCUUAAAAUACCACUAAGAUUUUCCUCUAUUUGGUGAAAAAACAAAGAAAUUAAAGUGGAAAAAAAUUUACUCACAACCUCUCUGAAAUUUCUGGCAG